UUCAAAAUUUGCUAGUCUAUGAUUAUACAGCAGAUUUCAUUCUUUGUGAGGUGUCCGCAAUUUGUUUAUUUCCUAAAAAGUCGCUGAAUAAUCAAGCAAAAUGGUCUUGGAAAGUACUAUGAUUUGUGUGGACAACAGUGAUUAUAUGAGAAAUGGAGAUUUCUUACCCACUCGGCUGCAGGCUCAGCAAGAUGCCGUAAACUUGGUAUGUCAUUCUAAAACACGGUCAAAUCCUGAAAAUAAUGUGGGUUUAUUGACGCUAGCGAAUGUGGAGGUGCUGGCUACACUAACUAGCGAUGUCGGGCGUAUAAUGUCCAAGUUACACCGCGUUCAGCCCAACGGUAACAUCAACCUACUAACUGGCAUCAGGAUUGCUCACUUAGCGCUGAAACAUCGCCAGGGAAAGAACCAUAAGAUGCGCAUCGUAGUGUUCGUCGGCUCUCCGGUAGAGCUCGAUGAGAAAGAAUUAGUGAAACUAGCUAAGAGGCUGAAGAAAGAGAAGGUAAACUGCGACGUGGUCUCAUUUGGUGAGGAUGCCGACAAUAACCCUCUUCUGACCACAUUUGUUAACACUUUGAACGGUAAAGACAGCAACACUGGGGGCAGCCACCUAGUGUCUGUCCCCGCUGGUGGGUGUGUGGUACUUUCUGAAGCUUUGAUUUCUAGCCCAUUGAUUGGUGGCGAUGGAGCAGGACCAUCUGGCUCAGGCUUGUCACCAUUUGAAUUUGGUGUUGAUCCAAAUGAAGAUCCUGAACUUGCACUUGCCUUGCGUGUCUCUAUGGAAGAGCAAAGACAACGCCAGGAGGAGGAGUCACGCCGCCAACAAACUACAACUGAAGGAGAUGCAAGCAAGCCUGGGGAACCAGAAAACACUGGCAUGGAGAGGGCUUUAGCCAUGUCACUUGGUCAUGAAGCUAUGGAGUUAUCCGAGGAAGAGCAGAUUGCUCUUGCCAUGCAAAUGAGCAUGCAACAAGAGGCUCCAGCAGCUGAAGAGAGCAUGGAUGUCUCAGAAGAGUAUGCUGAAGUCAUGAAUGAUCCAGCAUUCCUCCAAAGUGUACUGGAAAAUCUCCCAGGAGUUGAUCCUCAGAGUGAAGCCAUUCGCAAUGCUAUGUCGACCAUCAAAAAAGACAAGGAUGAGAAAGAUGACAAGGAUCAAAAAGAUAAGGAUAGCAAAGGAUCAGGUGGUUCUAGCUCCAAGUAAAGACGGCAUGAUUUUUCAAUUUUUUUAAUUGACAUUAUGCUCGUAAACUUUAACAUUAGACUCCACACUGCAGUGUUACUACCACUUUAAAUUUAUAAAAUACAGAUUGUUUAUAAUAUAAAAAAAAAGUGUUUAUUUCCAUGAUAUCCAGUUCAAACCUUCAAUUUUAUCGUACUCUGAAAAUUAAUAUCCAAUUAGAAUAAAUAUUUGUAAUGAAAGUUUAAGGUAAUUAAAUGUUUUGGCUUUCUAAAA